AUGGAGAGUGAGGUGAUAGGCCAUUAUCUAAUUGCCUCCAAUGGAGGUCCCGCAACGCCCUUGAAGAAUGAAAGCACCGUUCUCUUUCAGGAUGUUGUUUCGGACAAGCUUUCGAAUGUAGAGGCAGCCAUAGAGGCUGACGCCAGUAAACUUCACCAGUUUUUCCUCAUUCUGCACUGGAGUGGGGAUGCAAAUGGAGCUCUGGAUGCAAAUGGAGCUGCGGCCAAGACCUCCGUCAUGGUCAAGCAACGCACGUUGCUCAUGAUAGCAGCGCAUGCUGGCUCGCUACGAGUCCUUGCAUAUUUGCUGGCCCGCGGCGCUGAGCCAAGCCGCAAGAGCGCGGAUGGCCUUACUGCUUACGAUGGUGCGCAGGAUUCAGUGGCGGACUCGGAGGGAUCGUCGUACAGUACGACGGAUCUUACUCGUCCCGAGUACUCAACCGACGAUUUCCGCAUGUUUAACUUCAAGGUUCUCCGCUGUUCCAAGCGCCACGCACACGACUGGCGCGCCUGCCCCUUCGCGCACCCAACCGAGAACGCCCGCCGCCGCGACCCUCGGGAGUUCAAGUACUGUGCCCUCGCAUGCCCAGACUACAAGCAGGGCUUCUGCAUCCGCGGUGACGUGUGCCCGUAUGCGCACGGCGUGUUCGAGUGCUGGCUACAUCCCUCUCGCUACCGCACGCAGCUGUGCAAGGACGGCGCCAACUGCCACCGACCAGUGUGCUUCUUCGCCCACAGUCUUCCGGAGCUGCGCGCGCCCACCUACACUUGGGUGCCCAGCCCAGCUGACCUGGCCAAGCCGCCCGCUGCUGCCGCCACUGCUGCAUCGUCGGGUACAUCGUCGGCGCUACAAAGCUCCACUUCCAUGACGGCCGCCUCGGCGAUGGCGCUCGGCGGCGGUGCUGACGGCGCCGUGGCUGGGGGCCCCCCUCCGGUGCAAGUGGGCUCCCCUAUGGCCGUUACGGGGCCGGAGGGGCGGUCUCUCCUGUCCACUGCAUCCUCGGGACUUCCGCCGGCGAGCACUUCUUCGGACGGCACGUCAUCCGGUAUUGGCCCAUCUUGCGGCUCUCCGAGAACCCUGAAUGGCAGCGGCAGUGGCAUGCUGCAACAACUCCAACUGGGGAUGGGGCCAGGUUCCGGGUUGGUUGGGUCGGGGUGUGGGGGUAUGGUCAUGAUGACGUCGGCAUGCAACGGCAAAGGCUCUUCAGGUGCGGGUGGCACGCCAGGGUCGGGUGGCAAGGGCAAUCAGAACCUUACCCAGCCCAACGCUGCUGCCAGUAUGUUCGGCUUCACUGCGCCGCGCAUGUCAAACGCCUUUGCGCGGCGCCACGGGCUCAAUCCGAAGGACAACCCCAUGCUCAACCUACAGAAAAUUGCGUUGCAGAGCCAGCAACAGCAGCAGCAACAACAGCAACAACAGGUGCAACAAGUCCAACAAGUCCAACAACAGCAGCAACAGGCACAGAACAGCGCGCUGGGAAUUGCAGGCGGCCAUCUCGGCGCAUUUGGACCGCAAGAUGGCGCCGCCGCGCUCCGGAACCAUGCAGCGGUAGCGGCCGCCGGCAACGGUGCUGGAAUCAUUCAGGCAGCCGCCGCCGCCGCGGGCACCGCAGGCAGCCGGGCCGCCGCCAAUUUCAAUAGCAGCGCGAAUGGGCAGCGGCUGCAGGUAGCCGCCGCCGCAGCGGCGGCAGCCGCCGCCGCCGCCGCCAACAGCGCCACUUCCCCCGGCAUGUACGGACCUGGCGGCGGCAUGUACGACACUGCGCAACAACACCUAAUGGUGGCGAUGGGCGGGGCGCAGGCGGAGGUAUGA